AUGAAUCUUCUUAUUUGUGUCCUACUUUUGUCCUUUUAUACAUAUAAUUGUAUAAAUACAAACCAAACAAAUGGAUCUUCUACUACAGAAGCUAAACCCGUUGAAUCAAUGCAGACAAAACUGGGCUACCUUAGACGAAAUCUACUCAUUUUAGUUGGUUUUAUCAUCAUCUUCUUCGUCUUUACCUGUUUUUGUUUUCUCCAUUAUAAUUGUAUCAGCGAUGAUGCCGCCAAAGCAGAAAUGGGCAAGAAAAAAGGUAUGGCAUCCAACUCGUGCAAAAUAUCAUUCAGUGAGGACAAGACAACCAGUCAAUUAAAUCCUGAAAAACAAUCUCUGCUAUCCACUAUAGACAAGAUAUCUGAGCACUCAAGUUCAGAAAAUUCAUCAUCCAGUGCAGAAAAAUUAAUCAAGCCCUCGAGCCUACAAAAGCCAUCCAUACAAAACCGUGCACGAAAGUUAACUAGGCCAUCAUAUCCAAAAAAGUCACCCAAGUCAUCAUGCCCAAAAAAAUUAUGCAAGUCAUCUCACUUGGAAAAGUCACAUAGGUCAUGCAGUCUAGAAAAGUUUUGUAAACUAGCCUAUGCCUGUAAGCUAGCCAGUUCAGAUAAGUCAGUCAGGCAACCUUUGCUAUCCAAGCCACUUUGUUCAUCCCAUCCACAAGAUGAAAUCUCAUCACCCGAGCCAUUCAGUCUACAGAAAUUGGCUAAGCCUCCAUUAGCUAAGCCUCCCAAACAUUUUAAUCCAAAAAGGUCAGUGAGUCCAGGCGGGGCAGUCUUAUCAUCCAACCCUCAAUUAGCCAAAACUUGUCAAUCCCACAAGGAACGAUGUCUUAUUUCCAAAACCUAUAAGCCUUUGGUCAAUGACAUUUCUGAGGCAAAGAAGAAAAACACUCAAAACCCUUGUGUUUCAAGUAAAGUCAAGUCCUUUUCCAGGUCCUCUAGUAAGUUAGAUUCCAGGAAUAAUGCACACUGUGAUCACGCGAAUGAUAGGAAUAAGAUGAAAUGUUACACUGAGAAUGACAGCGAUAGGGAGGUAACCCUUAUGUGCAACAGCAAUGAAGCCAACUUCAAGUGA